CUUUGUCGUCUGAAAUUCUUCCUCUGUGAGUGAGCACCGAUGAACAAACCCAACAAACAAAGUGAUGACUAGCGCAAUGCCGGUGGGUCAUUUGGGCAGAAAGAAUUAAAAUAAAAAAAUCUUGCGGCUCUUCAUGAAGAUCACACAAUACUGGCCUCAACACCAUUGGCAAUUCGACCGCCGCCUCCACCACCAACAAACCAAAAGAACUAUGCCUUCGAGCACAAUUGCAGAGAAAAAAGAGCGACUACCGGUCCUGGUAGAAAAGCCCACCCCGCUGGAAUUCGACAUGGGAAAUCUCUGCGCUUUCGAUGCAAACCCACUCGACCCCACCACCUACUCCAAUACACUCGAGGAGUGUCUCAACGGCGCCGCUAGAGACUGCGCUCAGGCUUUGAUAAAUCAAGUGCUCACUACGCUUCCUAUGAAGAGUGUUUCAGACGGGGUUUAUGCUGGGUUGCCGGACCCUUUGACCCCGCUGCCGAGGGAGAAGCCGUUGCCGAAGGCUAAGGAGCCUACAAAAUGGGAACUGUUUGCAAAGAAGAAGGGCAUCAAGGCGAAGACUAGAGAUGGCAAGCUUGUAUAUGACGAGGAGAAGGGUGAGUGGGUUCCCAAGUGGGGUUAUAAGGGAAAGAAUAAGGAUGGCGAGGGCGAUUGGAUUGUUGAGGUUGAUGGGAAAAACGAGAGGGAGAAGGGCGAGGAUAAGAAUCCGCGGGCACUUAGCAGAGAGGAGAGAAAGGAUCGGAUUAAGAAGAAUGAAAGGCAGAUGAAGAAAAACGAAAAGAGGGUCGCGGCAGGAGGUAAAGCUCUGACUGUUCGAAGUGGGAGAGUCGGAAAGAGAUAAAGUUGUUUGAGGGAGGGAAUGAGGGUAUAUUUACAAAGUAACCUGGCGUUCAAAAAUUCACUCUUAUGCACAGUAUCCGGCAUCCAAUUUGUAUAUAGCUACUAUAGUUUUGCUAUUGCAUUCCGAAUUUCUGGUGCUGGU